GAUUCCGUUACGUGACGGUUCAUCAAUCAACAAUAAUUGAAUGCGUGCUUUGGUUCUUGGUGUUACUAUUUGUAACAACAACAAAGUUUAUAGUCCUCAUGCAAAAAUCUUUGGAAAUAUAUUAUCUAAACACGGUAUAAACCAUAGUCAAAGUGAAAAGUUUUUCAUUUCGUUAAUGAAACUGACGCGUCCCGAUAAAAUUGACGUCGACAAUUUAAUAGCGACACGAGCACUUGAAGUUCUAGGAUUUACAGUUGACAGGCUCAUGUACGAGUUGAUGCAACCCUGUAAAUCAAUGCUAUUGAGGUGCGCUUGGCUUGGACAAAAAUUUAAUUGCAGCGAUAUUUUCAAGGCUGUUAAAUCCAGAGAAGGCUAUUGUUGUGCCUUUAAUUAUCAUUUUUAUUUGGACCGACUAUAUGGAUACGAUAAUUACGAUUUAAAAAAUACGUCGGAAGAUAGUGAUCGUUCUAACAUACCAUUAGAGGAGUUACCAGGAAUUGGAGAGAUUCAGAAAGCUCCUGGAUCAGGGCGCGAUGUAGGUUUAGCAGUAGCCUUGAACAUCGAAGCUGAACAUUACAAGAGUUCUAAUAGCCCUUUCGUGGGUGCCACCGUGCUAAUCCACGAUCCACACGAUUAUCCGGAUAUUGGGAUUCAUUCGAUCACUGUAUUGCCAGGACAUACCAUAGGGGUUGGUAUUUCCGGUAUGACGACUGAAAGCUCGGAUAAUUUACGUCAGCUUCCGUUAAGAAGACGCAUGUGUCUUUUCCAAGACGAGGUAAAGGGUUUGAAAAAUUAUAGCUUUCAAUCUUGCGUUUCGAAUUGUAUCUAUAUGCGCGUGCAUAAAUAUUGCGGUUGCUUGCCAUUUUAUUAUCCGAACGAAAAUAGUAGGACUUGCUUUCUUACGGACAUAGAUUGUAUUUUGAAUCAUCGAAGAACUCUUUCGACGUAUGAAACAUCGUUCAAAAGCGAAUGCAAUUGCUUGCCACAAUGUUCUGAUACGUUUUACGAUGUCGCAUCGGAGAGUAUACCCGUUGAAGAUGUCGGAUACAAUUCUGAAAUAACUCAUAACGUAAACAACAAGAAUGCUUCCUUCGUUUACGUUUUCUUUCGUAAGAUUUCAUACAUGGAAUAUCGUACGGUAAAUAUUUUGAGCUGGGACACACUCCUCGCAUCCUUUGGCGGUAUUUUUGGACUUUGUCUCGGCGGUUCAGUCAUAAGUUUGGUCGAAUUACUUUACUACAUUAUUCGCGAGUUUUGUUAUCAUCAUAAAGGAUCAACAUCAUCGAAGAGGAACUUGCCAGCUGCCUCGGAACUCUUUCUGUCGGCUCCGCUGAAGGAUCCUAAAUGGAAGAAAUUAAAUACUGAACGCGAAAUGAACGAUGACGAGGGACCGGUUUAUGUGCUAGCAAAUCGAAUGCUUAUUCGUCAAAAAGAGAAAGAUGUUAACAACGGAAGUUCUAUUAAUAAAAACAAGAAUAAUACAAAGAAAGUGAAGUUUCAACGAUAUUACGAUUAAGUAAAGAGAAUUUCCAAUUGUAAGAAACAACGCUAACUUUUUGCAAUCUUAUAUAAAUAAUGGUUGAUAAGAGUUACCAGUAAAAUGCAAGUAGUAAAAGAUGUAAAAUUAUGACAUAGUAA